AUGCAGCCCUCGCAGCAGCAGCAGCAGCAGCAGCAGCAGCAGCAGCAGCAGCAGCAGCAGCAGAAGCAGGAAAAACAACAACAACAACAGCAGCAGCAGCAGCAGCAGCAGCCGGAUCCUGAGUUGGUUGCUUUUGCAGCUUGUCUCCCUCACCUGCUGCGGGUAGAGCUCGCGCUGUGCUCUGUGCUGCAGCAGCAGCAGCAGCGGCUGGUGUACUGGCAGCAGCGGCUCGUUCAGAAAGCUGCAGCAGCAGACACACCAGCAGCAAAACCGCUGCAGCAGCAGCAACAGCAACACCAGCAGCAGCAGCAGCAGCAACAGCAGCAGCAGCAGCAGCUACGCUCAGCUGCUGCAGAGCUGUUUAGCCUCAGCAGCAGCAGCAGCAGCAGCAGCAGCAACAGCAGCAGCAGCAGCAGCAGCAGCAGGAGCUGCACAGACAGCAACAUUGAUGGAUUCGACGCAGCAACAGCAGCAGCAGCAGCAGCAGCAGCAGGAGCUGCACAGACAGCAACAUUGAUGGAUUCGACCAGAUACAGAGCCGUCCCUGUUCAGGAGUAUCAGCAACAGCAGCUGCUGCUGCUGCGGCAUCUGCAGCUGCAGGAGCAGCGGCAGCAGCAACAGCAGCAGCACAGCUGCCAGCAGCGACACCAGCAGCAGCAGCAGCAGCAGCAGCAACUGCAGCAGCAGCAGCAAGUCUCGCUGCCGCCUCGUGCUGCUCACCUUUGGGCGCAGCAGCAGCAGCCCCGAGGGCCGCCUGUAGGGCUACGGAACCUCAACAGCAACAGCUGGUGCAGCAGCAGCAGCAGCAGCAGCAGCAGCAGCAGCAGCAAUGGCGAGCGCUACGUUGGCAGCUACAGCUGCAGCAGGCAGCACAGCGGAGACCGCAGCAGCAGCAGCAUCAGCAGCCGCAGCAGCUGCAGGCAGCAGAGACACACAGUUGCUGUUACGCCGCUAGACAGAGCUCCUGCUGCUGCUGCUGCUGCUGCUCAUGGCUGCUACGGCUGUCCUGAUGCUGCUGCUGCGGCAGCAGCAGCAGCAGCAGCAGCACAACCAGCAGCAGCAGCAGCAGCAGGAGUCGGCUUGAAGAGACCAGCAGGGGCCCCUGUACCCCAUCGGGGGGCCCUUCAUUUUAGUGUGCAGCAGCAGCGGCAGCAAGAGCUGCAGCAGCUGCAGCAGCUCCAGCAUCAGCAGCAGCUGCAGCAGCAGCAGCAGCAGCAGCAACAGCAGCAGCAUCACUACUAUCAGAACCUGCAAUAUCAGCAGCAGCAACAGUACCAACAACAACUGCAGCAGCAGCAGCAGCAGCAGCAGCAGCAGCAACAGCAGCAGCAGCAGCAGCAACAGCAGCAGCAGCGCAGCAGCAGCAGCAGCAGCAGCAGCAGCAGCAACAGCAGCAGCAGCAGCAGCAACAGCAGCAGCAGCUGCGGCAGCGCCGCAGCAGCAGCAGCAGCUGCACCCUCCAAGGGAAAUGCGUUGUCUUGA